ACCCGCUCUAACAGCUAACGUCUCUCACAUCCCCGGGUUUAAGCCGGUGCUCCGCCGUUUCCCGACCGGCCGAUGGACUGCACGAAAAUCAGUGUCACUGACAACCAAAAGUCCCGUCUCUUGCGCGACACGUAUUUAUUGUAUCGCAAAAUAGACAAAAACUGUCCUGUGAAGCUGGGGGCCUAUCCAGGUAUUGACGAAUCACCAUUACCAGCAGACUAAUCCGAGUGUCUUGACCGUGUUGGCAAAAGAAUCUCUAGUGCUUGUACCACGAGAUUGAUGUUGACAUCCCAUGAAAGGAUGAAGUCCGUGAACAGGUAGUCCUGAGAAAGGAUUGUACCGAGCAUACUUGCGGUUGCAUACAUUGCUGAAGAAGACACAUUCUUUACUUAAAAAAUUAUCAAACAAACAAUUUCGAUAAUUAUUGAGAAAUCAUUGUUCCUGAAGACGCAAGUUUACAAAUAUUUGAAGAAUUCUUAGAGGCUGCCGACGUUUGUUGAAAGGAUUUUCUGGAUAAUUUCAUUUGAAAUUAGAUUAGGGAAGAUUGUGUAUGUUUGUUUAUUGCUGAGAAACUUAAAGAUUGCAAGCGUGUUGGAGGAAGAGAUGCGAAUGUCGUGUGUAGUGACGCGAAAGUUGUAAAACGGUGAACGGACUCGAGGUCCAGGAUGAUGGAAGUGCAGCAGCAACACUCGCCUGUUGGGGUGGGUCCAUUAGACUUUUCGAGACGAGGAGUUGCCGAGGCAUCAGCAUUUCGAGUUGUCAAGCCCAAACAACCGGCUUCGUCGCUCGUACAUCAACAACCGGGUUUGCCGCCGGAAACCAACAACAACGAGAAUCUUCAAGAAAAUCAGAUUCCCAUCGAUGAAGGAGGAUGCAAUGUUCGUUUAAUGUUUCCGAGACUGUGGGCACCUUUUGGGAAUGCCACGGAAGUUACGAAUCUGCCACCUUUACCAAAGAGUCACUCGGAACGGUUAUCUUUCGGAGUUGGUCGUCUGGUGGGCUCGCCGGCGACAAGGAGUCCCUCCCCGUCUCAAUCUCCUUGCCCGGAUUCUCCUCCGCCCGAUGGUCGGGACGCCGAGGUGGACGUCGAUGUCGGUGAAGAGGAAGUCGAUGUGGACGUUGAGGAGGUUGGUGACGAGGAUGAUCACGAAGGUACCUCAAGUCCGCCACGAUCGUCGUCAACGCCAUCGCCAUCGCCAGUUAGCGUCGCGACGUCGCCCAUAUCGCAUCCGCCGAAGAAAUCCGGCGACAGUUUCAGUGUGUCGGCACUCCUGAGGCCGGAUCCACCUUCCGCACACUUGCAGAAUGCAUCCCCGCAUCGAGAAUCCGCUUCCAUGGGCGCCCAUCCACCACCACCCGGCUCGUCGAUCCUGUACCCACCGUUGCACCUUCAGAGCGGUCUCCUGCCACCCCAUCCACAUCAUCCUCUCUCGUACCUGCAUCCCCAGCUGCUACCGCAUCAUCUUCUGCCGCCGCACCUGCACCCGUUGUUGCGCGGCGUUCAUCCGGCUCACCCGGGACUGCAUUCGACUCACACGGCACACGGGUUGCACCAUCCUCAUCCGCUCGGCGAUGUCUACAGCUGUGUCAAGUGCGACAAGAUGUUCAGCACGCCGCAUGGGCUCGAGGUUCAUGCGAGGCGGUCACACAACGGUAAGCGACCAUUCGCCUGUGAGUUGUGCAACAAAACCUUCGGCCACGAAAUUAGUCUUACGCAGCACAGGGCUGUGCACUCCGCAGAGAAAGUGUUCGAAUGCAAGCAAUGCGGUAAAGCCUUCAAGAGAUCCAGCACGCUCAGCACUCACCUUCUAAUCCACUCGGACACAAGACCGUACCCUUGUCAGUUUUGUGGCAAACGAUUCCACCAAAAGAGCGAUAUGAAGAAGCACACGUAUAUUCACACCGGCGAAAAACCUCAUAAAUGUCAAGUAUGCGGCAAAGCGUUCUCGCAGAGCAGCAACCUGAUUACGCAUUCGAGAAAGCACACUGGUUACAAGCCAUUCGCUUGCGAGCUCUGUGGUCGAGCUUUCCAGCGUAAGGUCGAUCUGAGAAGGCAUCGCGAGACUCAGCAUGCAGACCUAAAUGCGUCGCAUCGACCGCCGAUUGGUUCGAUUCCCGGACAGAAUUCCUUGCCCAGUGGAAAUCCACCGAUGAUGCAGUGAGACCGCGACGCGGUUGAUAAUCCAGCGCCAGAUUGAUACGGAACAAUGAUUGGAGAUUGUCGUAAUUAAUGACUCUUUUCUGCG